UACGUAGUUACUACCUUAACAACAAGGUUGCAGCUGCAAUGCCAGGCCCAGAUUGUUAUAGAAAAUGUUCUAGUUAAUUAAUUUUAGGUGGACCGACAGCUGUUGACACUGGAUGGAGAGGGAGAGAGGAGGAAAGACAAAAGGGAAGGGUCCCACCUGAAGAUCAGGCUCUGGGCGUUUCGUGGGAAGAGGAGAGUGGCUGGUAGGAAAGAUCGAAGAAGGGUAGGUGAAGGGAUGGGGCUUGUGUUGACUACAAUAAGUAAGUCCAGUACUGGCUGGUGCUAUGAUCUGCAUCUUUAUCAAUCCACUCUCUGCCUUUAUCACAAGCAGCAGCUCAUCUAGCAUUUCCAUUCCUAGCACUUUUUUCAAAUGGCCCGAUCUGGAUUAGAUGAGACAUCGGCAUCUGGUGCUUUUGUGAAAACAGCUUCAACAUUCCGUAAUUUUAUUUCACGAGAUCCAAACUCCCAAUUUCCUGCAGAAUUCGGAAGGUAUCAUCUGUAUGUAUCAUAUGCUUGCCCAUGGGCUUCGAGGUGCCUUUCAUACUUGAUGAUCAAAGGCCUUGACAAGGCCAUUAGUUUCACGCCAGUUAAGCCCAAGUGGGAUAGAACAAGGGAAACUGAUGAGCAUAUGGGGUGGGUUUUUCCUUCUUCGGAGACAGAGGAACCAGGAGCUAAACCUGACCCUUUGAAUGGAGCAAAAAGUAUUAGGGAUCUUUAUGAUAUUGCCAGUCCAAACUACACUGGAAAGUGCACUGUCCCUGUACUAUGGGAUAAGAAACUCAAAACAAUUGUUAGCAAUGAGAGUGGGGAGAUAAUCCGCAUGCUAAAUACUGAGUUCAAUGCCAUGGCAGAGAAUGCAGCUUUGGACCUUUAUCCUCCUCACUUGCAAGCUAAAAUUGAUGAGACUAAUGAAUGGGUAUAUCAUGGGAUAAACAAUGGUGUCUAUAGAUGUGGGUUUGCAAGGAAGCAGGAGCCUCAUGAAGAGGCUCUGAAAGAGGUGUUUGAUGCAUUGGACAAAUGUGAGGAGAUACUUGGAAAGCAACGCUACAUAUGUGGCAACACACUGACUGAAGCAGAUAUUCGAUUGUUUGUCAGUCUCAUAAGAUUUGAUGAGGUUUAUGCUCUCCACUUCAAGUGUAACAAGAAACUGAUACGUGAGUACACAAAUCUGUUCAAUUACACCAAGGACAUUUUUCAACUCCCUGGCAUCAGUAGUACGGUCAACAUUCAACACAUCAAACUGCAUUACUAUGGAAGCCACCCUACGAUCAAUCCAUUUGGCAUCAUUCCUGUGGGCCCAAAUACUGACUACUCUACCCCUCAUGGCAGAGAGAAAUUUUCUGCAUAGAUUGUGUUGUUGCACACAAUAAGAUGAAGUUUGUAUCUCGAAAUCAAUAAGAUUUUUAAUUGAAUAAACACCUCAAGGCUUUAUCUAUCCUGAGGGAAAAUGGAUUCUUGUGAAAAGGUGUUCAAAUAAUUUUGGAUGAAUGUGAUCAUGUUGUGACCUUCUCUA